AUGCCUAUGGUGUUUGUGGGCGUCAAUGUGGCACUCUUUGCUGUUCAUUGGUUGGGCCUGUUCCGCGAGUACAAGAUCCAGAGCGCCAAGUUUCCAUCGGGAUCACUGCUGGCAGAGACGGUGAAGACCAUUGUCAUCAAUCAUUUGAUCGUCCAACCGCUUCUGUUGUGGUAUCUGUACAUUCCCUUCAAGGCCAUGGGCUUCCACAUCUCGCCGCAGCUGCCAUCGGCUUGGGAGAUGGUGUGGCAGAUCGCUGUCGCCGUCGCCGUCAAUGAGACUCUCUUCUACUUUGCUCAUCGGACGCUCCAUACGAAAGCCUUGUACAAGGCCAUUCACAAGCAGCAUCAUCGCUACCAUGCCGCCGUGGGCAUUGCCUCUGAGUUUGCCCACCCGGUUGAGGAUCUCCUUGCCAACGCCAUUCCCACUCUGGCCGGCAUGUUGCUGGUCGGCCCGCAUCUGGCCACGCUGCUGGUCUGGCUUGCGCUGCGGGUGCUUGAGACGGUCGACGCCCACUCGGGCUAUGCCUUUCCUUGGUCGCCCUUCCACUUUAUGGACGUCGCCGGCAAGCACGACUUUCAUCACUCGCACAACGUCGGCUGCUUUGGCACCUUUUUCUCGGUCUUUGACAUGAUCUUCCACACCGACGAGGCUUACCUCCGCCACAAGCACAAGCUCGCUACCGCCGCAGCAAAGGCCAAAGCCAAGUAG